UUUCUUGAGUGUUUUCGUUCGUUAGUGGUGUAAAUUUUAAGGAGUUAAAAUUCCAAAAGUGUGUGUGUUUUUUGCUGUUUGACAUCGCAAAUUUUUACAAGCCGAUUCCCCUGGGAGGCCGAGAGGAGCAAAAAUUUCAGCCGGAAAAUCGGAAUUUCGGAGUAAAACGGGUAUUUUAAAAAUAUGUUGCUCUUAGGUAUGAAAUAGUAGCAACUACGCAUACAAAUAAAGGAGAAAAUCAAACAAGUAUUCAACUUAAAAUUACUUAUCAAUAAUCAUAUACGUGAGCACACCAGAAGCCGGCUGUUGAUUUAAAUUCUAGCAAUGGAAAAUCUAUGCUUUUAUGUACAGAAGUGGUGUAUUGGUAAGACUCUCUAAACUAAAGGAUAUCUAUCGGAUCAUGUGUGCGUGAAGUAUCGCUUGUAGAAAUAUUUUAGCGUAAUUGUGUCUAUACGUAAAGUUUCUUUUAAAAUCCGCACAGUAAGGAACACUGAUACUCGAUUUAAGUGCAAUAAUCAAAUAAGCGAAUCGGAAGAAGUCGUAUCAAUUUGACGAAAUACAACACCAUGUGGGACCAGCCAAUUACACCACCGCCAUCGGGACAGCGGAUGCUUUGACAGACAAUUAGGCAAGGAAUUCCGAAAGCCACUCUAGGUUAGCAGUGUGACAAGCAACAGUAGUGCAGCGCAAAGAACUAACGUUACAAUGGAUUACCCCCUGGUAGCGGCCGGUAACAUCUCGCAAGAGGAUUUCCUGGCCAUCGUCGGUGGAAACUCUUCGCUGUCGGGCCUCGUUCACGGGUUGGCUACGAACGCCCUGAAUGAUACGCUGGGUGGAGUUUUGGCCACGGGUGACAAUCGGACUAUCUUACACGGCUUCCCGAGCGGAUACACACUGCCGCACAUAAUCUUCGCUUCAAUUAUCGUGACAAUACUAAUUAUAGUCAUCGUAGUCGGUAACAUGCUGGUGAUCAUAGCAAUUGCCACCGAGAAGGCGCUCAAAAACAUCCAAAAUUGGUUCAUAGCAUCCCUGGCGGUGGCGGACUUCUUCCUAGGGCUGCUGAUCAUGCCCUUUUCGCUGGCCAAUGAACUGAUGGGUUACUGGGUCUUCGGAAACUGGUGGUGCGACAUACACUCGGCCAUGGACGUUCUGCUGUGCACUUCGUCGAUUAUGAACCUGUGUCUGAUCUCGCUGGAUCGAUACUGGAGCAUUACGAAGGCCAUCGAGUAUCUCAAAUCUCGGACCCCGGCCCGGGCUGCGUUUAUGAUCGCGGCCGUGUGGAUCAUGUCGGCGCUGGUUUGCAUACCACCGCUGCUCGGCUGGAAGGCGCAACGACCGGAGGAGCACGUCGAGCUGCCACAAUGCCAGGUGAGUGUUGACGAUGGUUUUGAUUAG